AUGGUCAAGGGGAAAAAGUACAUUCUUAACCCACUAACCCCUUACCAAGUGAGUGAGGAUUAUAGAGUGAUGAGGGAGCUUCAGGAAAAGUAUCAAAGGGAAGAAAAGGAGAAGAGUGAGAAGGAGACUUUGUUGGUCAUAAGUGGAGAAGGAACAUCUCAAGAUGGUUCCAUGAAAUGUUUGUUGGCCAAACCAAGUAAUUGCUUGAAAGGAGUUGACGAGAGACACUUCAUGGUGUGUCUUGUCAACAAGGAUCUUCUCUUAAAUUCUAAUCAAGCUACUAGCACUUUGCCUAGUAGUAUGUCUUCUCUUUUGCAGGAAUAUGAAGCCUUGUUCCCGGCGGAAAUGCCCGAUGGAUUACCUCUCUUGAGGGGUAUUGAGCACCAAAUCGACUUUGCGCCGGGUUCCCAAAUUCCCAACAAAUCGGCUUAA